AUGGACGGCGCCGCCCUGCUCCUCGUUCUCCUCGUCGCGGCCGUGCCCCUCUCCGCGGCCGGCGACGCGCACCCGGGCUACUCCGACGAGGGCACCUGCACGGUGGGCGCGGACCUGCGGCGGCUGGAGGAGGGCGGCGGGCGCGGGCGCAUCAUCGACAUCACGCACGCGUACGUGCCGGACCUGCCGGCGUUCGCGACGGGGGCGGUCACGGGGCCCGUGGUGCGCCUCAAGGAGUCCAUGGCGGACGGGUCCGAGUACAACCUCUCGGAGCUGCGGAUGGAGUGCCACGCGGGCACCCACGUCGACGCGCCGGGACACAUCAACCAGGCCCACUUCGCCGCCGGCCUCGACGUCGACACGCUCGAUCUCGACGUCCUCAACGGACCUGCGUUGCUAGUUGAUGUUCCGAGGGACACAAAUAUAACAGCUGAAGUGAUGAAAUUCCUAAAUAUCCCAAGAGGAGUUCGCCGAGUUCUAUUCAGGACACUGAACACUGACAGGAAGUUGAUGUGGAGGAAGGGAGGUGACAUGAGCUAUGUUGGAUUUACCGAGGAUGGCGCACAGUGGUUAGUUGACAACACUGACAUAAAGCUAAUUGGAGUUGACGGUCUAUCAGUUGCAGCAUUUGAUUACUUGAUCUCUGCCCAUGUGGUCUUCUUCAAAACCCCGGAUAUAAUCCCUGUUGAAGGCCUGAAACUAGACGACAUUGAGGCGGGAAUAUAUAUGCUGCAUUGUUUACCUCUCAGGCUGGUUGGAGCCGAGGGUGCACCGACCAGAUGCAUCCUCAUCAAGUGA